UUGUAAAAAAAGUAUUAUAUUUUAUAAAACAUUAAUAUUUACAGUACUAAAUACAAAUAAAUAAAUUGAACGUUACUAUAAACAUUAUCACAAAUAAUAAAUCAUGCAUGGUACCCUAAAACUUGCCCAACUGCAGCAAAUUCAUCUUUAGUAAGAGGUUUUAAGUGAAGUCCAGGAACUGGCUCUUCAAAUUCUAAGUCCCUCAGUUUAUUAACUUUCACUUUAAGUUCACUUCUUAUUUUAUUCACUUCAACAUCAAGAACAUUCUGAUCUUCAUUGAGCAUAGUCUUCGCUUUCUCUUUGGGUAAUCUAACCAGUAACGGACCGACAGCCAUCCAAACUUUUUCUUCUUUCAUCUUCAACAACGCUCUGAUGCCUUCCCUAUUCUCAUUUCUUCUUCGAUCAAUAGCCACCACUUCUGAUUUAUCUCUCAAUAUCUCUUCUGCUAAUUCUUCCACAGGCACUAGAGCUUUCAAACUAUUAAUUGGAUUCUCCAUUUGAGUUUUUGAUUUAUAUUGAUAUAAGAAGAAACAAUUAAUACCACAUCAUAAUAAAACAAUACUACAGGCAAAAAUAAGUUAAUUUAACUUAAACCUAGAUUUAAAACCUGCUCACCUAGAGCUUAAUAUAACCUACUAAUACAUAACCUCCAAGUAAACAAACCUUAUGUAACCUUUUCUAUUGUCUGUGAAAAGUGUCACGUAUAACGGAUUAUAAGUUUCGUUUCAUUGCAAGAUAUUAGGAUUGCCUCAGAGCAAAUAAUUUACAAUUAUUAUUAUUUUGAUGUUUUCAAAAAAUUGUUUCUAAAGUUUUAGCGAAAGUAAAGUUGGAUAUUGCCAAGUUGAAACACCUGUGAACCAUGUUGUUUUGACCUGUUGAUCAGUAUUGUCAUAAUUGGAAGUCCAUAACUUAUUGGAAAUCAUUUUGAUGAAGUAUUUUUUUCAAUUAUGGAUAAGUUGAAGAGAUUUUUAAAUGGCAAUGAAAGGGAUGAUGACAGUACUACUGGUAUUUUUCCAGAUUUGGAAAGCCACUCCCUUAGUUGGUCUACCAGGAUUAAGGGAUUUAUUGUAUGUUUCAUAUUAGGUCUUAUCAUUUCAGUGUUCGCUAGUUUAUCAUUAUUUUUGCAUAAGGGACUAUCUCUGUUUGUCAUAUUUUACACAAUUGGGAAUGUAGUGUCAAUGAUGAGUACUUGUUUUCUCAUGGGGCCUAUCAAGCAAUUUAAAAGAAUGUUUGCCGAAACACGCUUGAUUGCUACUAUUUUAGUUCUUGUGAUGAUGGGCCUAACACUUUUUGCUGCAUUAUACUUCCAUAAAGCGGCGAUGUCUUUGUUCUUCAUGAUACUCCAGUGGCUCGCAAUGACCUGGUAUUCUCUUUCUUAUAUACCUUAUGCGAGAGAUGGAGUGAAAAAGUUUUUCGAGUCUUGUAUCGCAUAAAAUAUUUUUAAUUCAUAUACGCAAUCAAGUUUUUAAGAAUAUUGCACUCCAUCAUAACUUUUGAUAAAUUUAUAACUUGUUACUAUUUAUUUUUAAUCAGUUAAGAAUGGUUCUUUAUGAUGAUGCGAUAGUUCAGGUAAUUGAUGAGAGUUAUGAAGUUGCACAAUAUUACAUGAUACGUAUUCAUUUGUAUAGUUUUUAAUUAAUUCGAACUAACUCAAAUAUUUACUUAAUCUGUUAGUUCUAAUAAUCAUUUUAGAAAACAACAAAGAAUUUUUGUUUGUAUAACUUUCAGGAUUGUACUAUGAAGUAAUAAAUGAAAGUACAAAAUUGCAAUAUAUGUAAAAAAUAAAAAUAUUUUGUUUUGAAUUUCUCAGAAUCUGCAGACUGAAUUUAAGUCAUGUGUGAUGGGGUGUUUAUGAAUUGAUGUAGCAAUAAAAAUGUGAUAAUAUUGAGAUGAACCCGGUUGUAUGUUAUUUAAUUAUCAGUUUUAUAUAUGUACAAAUGAAUGAAAUAGUAUUAAUUUUGCAUUAUGGACUGUAUAUAUUUUUUUCUAGGAGAUAUAUCCUUAUGAAAUUACCAAUUAUAGUUUAAAUAAUAUUGUAUUUUUGUUGUUUCUGUACUGAAUUGUAAGAAAUAUGGUCCUAAUUUGCAGUUUAUGAAAUUAGUUUUUAAAUUUUUAUUUACAUGGGUUGCAAAGAGUGAUUUUUUAAAAAUUGAAUUGUAAAUAUUUUAUUCAGAUUUUCUUUUGGUACUUUUAUCAGUUUAAGGGUAUGAUUCAGUUAAACCUAUGUGUCUGUGCCAUGGCGCUACAAUUUCUAGGAACUUCAAUUAUAUCUUAAUAUUCAAAUUUAAUUAAAAACCUAUCAAAUUAUAAGAAUAAUUUUGGAUUUUUAAUAUAAAAGGUUAUUUAACUGUGUCAAAUAAUCUUGAUGUGAAGAUAAGAUAUGGAGAAUAUGAACUUUUGCCAAAACUAGUAUGUUGGAUUGGUAUAGGCUAUUUUAUGAUUAAGCCAAUAUAUUGAAUAAUUUAAACCAU